AUGGCCAACCUUAAGGAUCUCGAAGGGAAGUGGCGCCUGCUGGAAAGCCACAGCUUUGAGGGGUACAUCAAAGAGCUAGGAGAAGGACUGGCUCUUAGGAAGAUGGCUGCCAUGGCCAAACCAGACUGUAUCAUUACUUGUGAUGGCAACAACAUCACCGUCAAAAGCGAGAGUGCGGGGAAGACAGCGGUGUUCUCUUGCGCCCUGGGAGAGAAGUUUGAUGAGACUACAGCCGAUGGCAGGAAAGCUGAGACGGUCUGCACCUUCACAGAUGCUGCCCUGGUCCAGCCACAGAAGAGGGAAGGGAAGGAAAGCAGGACAGCAGGAGAGCUGAAGGAUGGGAAGAUGGUUGUGGGAUGUGUCGUGAACAAUGCCACCUGCACUCGGGUCUAG